GAUUUCUAACUGGAAGCGACAAAGGCUGGAGGUCAUCGGUGGAGCAGAGGUUACAGAGCUGUCCAGGGGGCCGCCACCUCCCGCCAGAAUUCAGAUGCGUGACCAGAGGCACACCUUCUCGCCUCUGAGCUUCCCACUCUACCCCCCGCCCCGUAAAACGCAGACCCAGGCUCCCACCGCCAGGGCUCGUGGAGAGGGGACGCGUGGAUGCCUACGGUCUGGCGCCAUGCCCGGGCACUCCAAACCCUAGGCCAGACUCAGGCCAUUGGAGCUGCCCCUGCCCAUUCCCGGGGUCGCCCCUCCCCACUGCCCACUGCCACGCCAUGGCCGGGGACCGGCUCCCACGGAAGGUGAUGGACGCCAAGAGGCUGGCCAGCCUGCUGCGGGGCGGGCCCGGGGGCCCGCUGGUCAUCGACAGCCGCUCCUUCGUGGAGUACAAUAGCUGGCACGUGCUCAGCUCCGUCAACAUCUGCUGCUCCAAGCUGGUGAAGCGGCGGCUGCAGCAGGAUAAGGUGACCAUCGCUGAGCUGAUCCAGCCUGCCGCCCGCAGCCAGGUGGAGGCCGCAGAGCCCCAGGACGUGGUGGUCUACGACCAGAGCACCCGGGACGCCAGCGUGCUGGCCGCAGACAGCUUCCUGUCCCUCCUGCUCAGCAAGCUUGACGGCUGCUUCGACAGCGUGGCCAUCCUCACAGGGGGCUUUGCCACCUUCUCCUCCUGCUUCCCCGGCCUCUGCGAGGGCAAGCCUGCUACCCUGCUUCCCAUGAGCCUCUCCCAGCCCUGCCUCCCUGUCCCCAGCGUGGGCCUGACCCGCAUCCUGCCUCACCUCUACCUGGGCUCCCAGAAGGAUGUCCUGAACAAGGAUCUGAUGACCCAAAAUGGAAUAAGCUACGUCCUCAACGCCAGCAACUCCUGCCCCAAGCCCGACUUUAUCUGCGAGAGCCGUUUCCUGCGCAUUCCCAUCAAUGACAACUACUGUGAAAAGCUGCUGCCCUGGCUGGACAAGUCCAUCGAGUUCAUCGACAAAGCCAAGUUGUCCAGCUGCCAAGUCAUCGUCCACUGUCUGGCCGGCAUCUCCCGCUCUGCCACCAUCGCCAUCGCCUACAUCAUGAAGACCAUGGGGAUGUCCUCGGACGACGCCUACAGGUUCGUGAAGGACCGGCGCCCGUCCAUCUCGCCCAACUUCAAUUUUCUGGGCCAGCUGCUGGAGUACGAGCGCAGCCUGAAGCUGCUGGCCGCCCUGCAAGGUGACGGGACGUCCCACCCCGGGACCCCGGAGCCCCUGCCGGGCCCUGCCGCCCCACUGCCGCCGCCGCCACCACCUACCUCAGAGAGUGCCGCCACCGGGAGCGCCGCGGCCGCGCCGCCUAGGGAGGCUGCACAGACGGGGGGCGUGCGGAGACCCCCGGCCCCCGCCCCGGCCACCAGCGCGCUGCAGCAGGGCCUGCGCGGCCUGCACCUCUCCUCCGACCGCCUCCAGGACACCAACCGCCUCAAGCGCUCCUUCUCGCUGGACAUCAAGUCGGCCUACACCCCGAGCCGGCGGCCCGAUGACCCCGGGCCCUUGGACCCAGGAGAGGCCCCCAAGCUCUGCAAACUGGACAGCCCGUCCGGGGGCACGUUGGGCCUUCCCUCCCCCAGCCCCGACAGCCCGGACGCGGCGCCCGAGCCGCGCCCCCGGCCCCGCCGGCGGCCCCGGCCCCCAGCCGGCUCCCCGGCGCGCUCCCCGGCUCACGGCCUCGGCCUGAACUUCGGCGACGCCACCCGGCAGACUCCGCGGCACGGCCUCUCGGCCCUGUCGGCGCCCGGGCUGCCCGGCCCUGGCCAGCCGGCCGGCCCUGGGGGCUGGGCGCCGCCGCUCGACUCCCCGGGCACGCCCUCCCCCGACGGGCCUUGGUGCUGCAGCCCCGAGGGCGCGCAGGGCGCGGGCGGCGCGCGGUUCGCACCCUUCGGCCGGGCCGGGGGGCCAGGCGCGGGCAGCGGCGACCUGCGGCGGCGGGAGGCGGCGAGGCCCGAGGCCCGGGACUCGAGGACCGGCUGGCCCGACGAGCCGGCCCCCGAGACGCAGUUUAAGCGCCGGAGCUGCCAAAUGGAGUUUGAGGAGGGCAUGGUGGAGGGGCGCGCGCGCGGCGAGGAGCUGGCCGCGCUGGGCAAGCAGGCCAGCUUCUCGGGCAGCGUGGAGGUCAUCGAGGUAUCCUGACCGCGGCCGGAGCAGCCUCUCCGCGGGGACGCGGCGCCCCGAGCCCUCGGCUGACCUCGGCUGGGCCCGCUAUAAAUAUAUAUUAUAUAUAAUGCAAAGAAAGGUAAAUGGUUUUACUGCGAUUUUUAUCGAGAAGUAAAUAUUUCAAUUUUUUAUUUAUUUAAGCUGUUCAUUCUGGCAAUGAUUUGGCAACAGUGCGGGCGGUCCUCGGAGCUCUAUUUUUACUGUCUGGUAUUUAAACUGAAACCCACGUUUCUAAGCAAUAUGAGGCCACCUUCAGUUGCAAGCUGGGGUGCCAGGCCUGGGGUUUCCCCGCCCCCUCCCCCAGGAAACACUGCUGACCCUUGCAAAGAGGCUGCUGAGCUUUCGUGCACUUUUUACAUAAGAAAAGGGGAAAAAAGGAUAAAAAACCUUUGCCGCAGACUGAGCCGCAGAGCCUCCCUGCCCUCCUGCUGCGUCCUCUCCUGCCCCUCCCUUCUCUGCUCCUCUCCUGGCUCCUCACCAAAGCCAUAGGUGGGAGGGGGUGUCCUGGGAGCCGGGGGGCCCCCCCGAGGAGGCGCUCGCUGCCCCCUGCCCCCCUCCAGGCACCAAGCUUCAGUGCCACCGAGGGCGCCUCUGCCACCCCCCCCCAGCCUGUUGCCUGCCAGGUGCUGGGGGGUCAGGGUGGGGUCCGGAAGAGGGUGGCAGUGCAGAGAAGGGGGCUCUGAGUGUGAGGGGACAUGGGGCCCCAGGGCAGGGGUGGAGGUGGAACACCUCCACUCCCGUCUGAGCCUGGGUCCAGCUUCACGUGUUCCGAGGAGGCUGCUACCCUCUCCUCCACUUUGUGGGCCCCCCCCCCCCAGUGCCAGCUGCCAGGUGGGGAGCCGACAAAGGGGGAGCUUGGCCCCUGGGGGGCAGUGGGAAUAGCUGGGCCAGCCAGUACUGGCUCCACUGGUCAGAGGGCCGAUAGAUUCAGGGUCUUGUUCUGCGGGUCGAGGGGCCUCUCAGAGGAGGCACCUCAUGCCUCUGGUGGGGGGGUUGGUGUGGGUGUGGACGCCUCCCUUCGCUUGGGAGAGCCCCCUCCAGCUAAAGACCCCUCAUGUGAGCAGAUGCUGGAGGUGUCCCCCAUGUCUGCCAGCCCCCAUAGGGCUGUCGGAGGAGAAAAACCCUGUACACCCCACUCCCCUCCCAAGUCUCCCUGGUAUAUUCGAGGUUGCCAGUCCCCAACCCCCAUUAGCUUUUUGGCCCAGGUGGGCCAGCCUGGGGGUGAGGGCAGGAGAAAAGCCCCAGCUAUCCUCACCUCCCACCAUCUGGGGUAAAGGGGACCCAAGGCUUUUGGCGGCAGGAGUGGGUGUCCCCCAACCUUCAGAUGUCCUGCAGCAUCCAGGAGUGGAUGCUGGUCACCUUGGGAAGAGGCCAAGGCUUGGCCAGAGGGGUGGCCUGGGCAGGACUGAGUCCUUGGGCAGGUGGGCGGAGGCUGCCUGCCCCCAGCUGCCCUCCAGCUGUUUAUUCUGUUUGUUCUUUUGACCCCAGCUCCUGUCCCGUCAAACCUCCUUUGAGCAGAAGUCCUGUUCCUGUUCCUCUGUCCCCACCCCGUUCCCCCAAGAAAAUAAGCUAUCAUUGUUGUAUUUGCAAUCUAUGGAUUAGAGGUUUAAGUAUUUAUUAUUAUUGGUUAAUUAUUAUUAUUAUUAUUGAUUAUGUAAAUCUGCCUCCUGUCUGUCUAUCGCGUUGGGUUUCUGAGGUGACCCUGGGUGUGGAGGAUGCACUGGUUCCCCCUCCGCGCUCCACGCCUGUGCUGUCCAGGAGACAGUGGUGGGGGCCACUGGUUGAGCCCCACAACCCUGGGGGCAGGUCCCACGGCCCGUUCCCCUCUCUCUGUCCUUCUCCAGGCUGCUGGUGCCCUGUGGCUUCUGGCCUGGGGCACAUGGGUGGGGGCUUUUGCUCUUGAGACACUGGCUGAAGUGAGUCGUUAUGAAGGGAGAAGUCCCUGUCUCAGCCCCCCAGCCCAGCCUCUCUCCGUGUGGGGGGGGGGGGGCACCAGGCACCCGUCAAGAGCCCCUCCCUGGUCAGUCCCACCCACUCCCUGGGUGGGGGGGUGUGGAGUGGGGCCCCAGGUCCCUCCCCCCUCCUGCUGGCCCAGUGCCCUGGCAUGGGGUCCCCAGAAUGGACCUGGCCCCCUCCUAUUAUUUGCUGGAAAGUCCAGCGGAGGAGAGGUGGCAGGUCCCCCCGCACGGCUCCCGGUCCCUCUGGACUGGGCUGCCCACCCACCUGCCCACCCCUCCUCGCUGCCCCCUCCCCCAGCGCGGCCGCUCUCUGCUCCCUGUCCUGUCCCCUUCUUUUGUAUUUGGAAACAACGUGUUGUAAUAAAUCCUGAGAUGGGUGUUUUCUC